UAGAGGUGGGCCGAAGCUGAAGCUGCCCCUGGCAGCCCCUCACCUCGUGGCUAAAGGGGGAGGAGGAGGAGGGAGCUGGGCCACCACCAGCCUCUAGGAGGGUAAAGAGCUGAACUAUCCAGCAGAGGGGGCACAAGUUUCCUCGGAAGCCUCAUUCCAGGAGCUGUGCAGACAUCACUGGUGCAGCCCCUUUUGUUUCAGAUGACUAACAAGGCAGGGCCAUCUUGUCUUCUUUUGUGCCAGAAUUCAGAGGAGCCUGAUUGAAAUGAAUGCCAUUCAGAGGCUUUCUGCUUCCUAUCUAAGGAAAGGCAAGUUGCAGCAGAGAUUUCAAAGCAAUAGCCGACCUACUGUUCCCCUUGGGUCCCGGAUUCUAACGGAUCCAGCUAAAGUUUUUGAACAUAACAUGUGGGACCACAUGCAGUGGUCUCAAGAAGAAGAAGCAGCGGCCAAAGAAAGAGCAAAUGAAAACUCAGCUGUGAGAGUUCAGUGGGAAGAUCAAGUCAAAUAUGAGAAUGAAGCUAGUAAAUAUUGGAAUGAUUUUUACAAGACUCAUAAAAAUAAGUUUUUCAAGGAUCGUAAUUGGCUAAUUCGGGAGUUUCCAGAAAUUAUUCCAACUGAGCAGCAAAUUGAAGAGGAGGAGAAGAAAAUUCCAAGGAAUCAUGUAAAUACCAACGGUGCAGACCAUUUCUCGAAAGUGCCGCCCCCAGCUAUACCUAUGGAAGAGAGAAAUUCUUGCAAGAUUGUAUCUAGAGAUGGUGUUGUUCAUAGCCAUAGCAAAGCGGGAUCUGUUGGUGCCUUCCAGUGUGCUGAAGAGAGUAGAAAAGAGAAUGUGAAGACUGGGUUAUUCCCUGGUAGCAGUGCCACUUUCAAAAUAUUGGAGGUGGGCUGUGGGGCUGGAAAUAGUGUUUUUCCAAUUCUCAACAUUCUAAACAAAACCCCAGGGACCUUUCUUUACUGUUGUGAUUUUGCUUCUGGAGCGGUGGAGCUGAUAAAGUCACACUCGUCCUACAGUCCAGCCCAGUGUUCUGCCUUUGUUCACGAUGUAUGUGAUGAUGGUUUACCCUAUCCUUUUCCAGAUGGGAUCCUGGAUGUCAUUCUCCUAGUCUUUGUGCUCUCUUCUAUUCAUCCUGACAGGAUGCAAGGUGUUGUAAACAGACUAUCAAAGUUACUGAAACCUGGGGGAAUGGUGUUAUUUCGAGAUUACGGGAGAUAUGAUCAAACUCAACUUCGCUUUAAAAAAGUUUUAUUUUUAGGGUGCUGUUUGUCUGAAAACUUUUAUGUGCGAGGGAAUGGUACCAGAGCAUAUUUCUUUUCGAAAGGGGAAGUCCAUAGUAUGUUCUCGCUGGCUGGAUUAGACGAAGUACAGAAUCUAGUUGAUCGACGUUUACAAGUCAACAGGAAACGACAAGUGAAAAUGCAUCGCGUUUGGGUACAAAGCAAGUUCCAGAAACCAUUGCAGUUGGUUCAAGACAGGCCCAAAAAUACCAUUCCUGAACUUUCUGCUGCCUAAAUUAUGUACUCUGUCUCCAAACAAAGCAAGUUCAAUUCCAUACACCUUAAUAAUGUAUACAUUAAAAACUAGGACUCUUCCA